AUGUGCUCUCUCAACAGCCUUCAUCAAUAUCUUAAGUUUAUUGACAAGGACAAAUCACCCAACAUGGACAUAGAAGAGCUAAAAGGCAAAUAUACUUCCCAUGAUUUCGAAAGACAGAUCACUCAUGGAGAAGGCGAUGUCGAGAAAAUCAAGCUCAAAGAUCUCAGUCUGCAAGGAGGUGGGACGAGACAAAUGACAAAGUUAGAGACUAUAUCAGCAAGUUGGGUUAUAUGCGACAGCUGGGCUGGAAUGGCGGGCACAGUAUCUCUUGCAAUUUCCCAAGGCGGCCCGGUUACUUUGGUUUACGGACCGAUUCUCACUCUCAUUUUGAUUGGUGCUUGUGCUCUUACUCUGGCUGAGCUGGCUAGUGUUUAUCCCACUGCGGGUGGACAAUACCACUGGACUUCUAUCUUGGCUCCCAAGUCCAUCAAUCGUGCCUUGAGUUAUUGCUGUGGCAUGACAAACAUGUUCUCGUGGAUAGCCAUUUGCACCGGCAUUGCUAUUAUCCCCGCACAACUUAUUGUUGGCAUCGCCCUAUUCUACAAUCCAGAUUACACCCCACAGGCAUGGCAUUAUUUCCUGAUCUACCAAGCCAUAAACGGACUUGUAUUAUUAUACAAUAUAAUAUUGUUGAAAAGAUCACUUUGGAUUCACGAUAUUGCUUUCUUUGCGACCCUUGCCAGCUUCUUUGUCAUUACCAUUACAUGCCUCGCUCGGUCAUCUUCCAACUACCAACCCUCCAUCAAUGUUUGGGGAACCUUCGUCAAUGAUAGUGGCUGGAGUUCUGGAGGGGUUGCCUUCUUGACUGGUCUUGUCACACCUAACUAUAUGUACGCUGGCAUCGACGGUGCAUUGCACUUGGCUGAGGAAUGCCAAAAUGCGAGCACAGUGGUACCUCGGGCAUUGAUGAGUACAUUGCUUAUUGGGUUCGUCUCAUCAUUCACUUUCAUGGUCGCCAUGCUAUACUGCACCAACGAUUUGAAUGCCGUGGUGGCAUCUACUACCGGGGUUCCUAUUUUCGAGAUGUGGUAUCAGGCUACGCGCUCGGGCGUAGCCGCUACAGUAUUCGUCGUUUUACUUUGCUGCGCCGCCGUAUUCGCCCUCAUCGGUGCUCAACAAACCGCUUCUCGCCUGACAUGGUCACUGGCUAGAGACCAUGCUAUUAUCGGCAGCAAAUGGCUCAGCAAAAUACAUCCCAAGUUCGAAGUACCAGUAUGGGGUCUCUUCUUCAACUUUGUAAUCAUGUUCAUCAUCGGAUGUAUUUACUUGGGUUCUUCAUCUGCCUUUAAUGCGUUUAUUGGCAGUGGUCUGGUGCUCCAGCACAUCUCAUAUGCGAUUCCAGCUGCACUUCUCAUGUAUCGCAAGCGCUCUGAGACGUGGUUGCCUCGAUAUCGAGCCUUUCGACUACCGUCGAUGGUAGGGUGGAGUGUAAAUGCCAUCACAAUUGGAUUUGCGAUUCUUGUUCUGAUUUUCUACGACCUUCCGACUGUUCUCCCGGUGACUGGAAGCAACAUGAACUACACAUCUGCUGUACUAGCGGUUAUGGCUGUAUUUGCUGGAAUCAACUGGGGAAUUUGUGCUCGGCGGAAGUACAAUGGGCCUCGGCUCCAGUUAAGCGAUGAGGAGAUUUAG